GCCCGGCGCGAGACCCUUGCGUCUUCCGGAAGCGGAGCCCUGGACGCGCAACGGCUGGGUGUGCGACCACGGUGGUGGCUGGCGCGCCUGAGAAGACAAGAACUGAAGGGGACCCGGGCCUGCCUCCCGCGCCGGGCUGGAACACCAUGGACGAAGCAGGCAGCUGUGCGAGCGGCGGAGGGUUCCGCCCGGGCGUGGAUAGCCUGGACGAGCCCCCCAACAGCCGCAUCUUCCUGGUGAUCAGCAAGUACACGCCCGAGUCGGUGCUGAGGGAGCGCUUCUCGCCCUUCGGCGAGAUCCAGGACAUCUGGGUGGUGCGGGACAAGCACACCAAGGAGUCCAAGGGCAUCGCCUUCGUCAAGUUUGCCCGUAGCUCGCAGGCCUGCAGGGCCAUGGAGGAGAUGCACGGCCAGUGCCUCAGCCCCAACGACACCAAGCCCAUCAAGGUGCAGGUUUUCAUUGCUCAGUCCAGAUCAUCUGGAAGUCACCGAGAUGUUGAAGAUGAAGAACUUACAAGAAUAUUUGUCAUGAUACCAAAGUCCUACACAGAAGAAGAUUUGCGGGAAAAAUUUAAGGUGUAUGGAGAUAUUGAAUACUGCAGCAUUAUUAAGAAUAAAGUAACUGGAGAAAGUAAAGGUUUGGGCUAUGUUCGAUACUUAAAACCAUCACAAGCUGCCCAAGCAAUAGAAAACUGUGAUCGAAGUUUUAGGGCAAUCUUGGCUGAACCUAAAAAUAAAGCAUCUGAAUCCUCAGAACAAGACUAUUAUAAUAACAUGAGGCAGGAGACAUUGGGACAUGAACCUAGAGUAAAUAUGUUUCCAUUCGAACAACAAUCUGAAUUUUCAAGUUUUGACAAGAAUGACAACAGAGGCCAAGAAGCUAUCUCCAAACGCCUGUCAGUUGUAUCAAGAGUUCCUUUCACUGAAGAGCAGCUUUUCAGUAUUUUUGAUAUAGUACCAGGAUUGGAAUACUGUGAAGUUCAACGAGAUCCUUAUUCUAAUUAUGGUCAUGGAGUGGUUCAGUAUUUUAAUGUAGCAUCAGCUAUUUAUGCAAAAUACAAGUUACAUGGAUUUCAGUACCCUCCUGGGAACCGGAUAGGUGUUUCCUUCAUUGAUGAUGGGAGUAAUGCAACAGAUCUCCUUAGAAAAAUGGCAACGCAGAUGGUAGCAGCACAGCUUGCAUCAAUGGUGUGGAAUAACCCAAAUCAGCAGCAAUUUCUGCAAUUUGGAGGAAAUUCUGGAUCACAGUUGCCUCAAAUCCAGACAGAUGUUGUACUUCCAUCAUGCAAAAAAAAAGCCCCUCCUGAAACUCCUGUGAAAGAAAGACUUUUUAUCGUGUUUAAUCCUCAUCCUUUACCUUUAGAUGUAUUAGAGGAUAUUUUCUGUCGUUUUGGUAACCUGAUCGAAGUUUACCUUGUGUCAGGAAAAAACGUGGGGUAUGCCAAGUAUGCAGAUAGAAUAAGCGCCAAUGAUGCCAUUACUACUUUACAUGGAAAGAUCCUUAAUGGAGUCAGACUUAAAGUUAUGUUGGCAGAUUCCCCAAGGGAAGAAUCUAACAAACGACAGAGAACUUACUGAUUCUUGAG